UUUCUGACAGAACGUGAGGUUCUCUCUCGGUUGGUCAGCAUCAAAAGUCAGAAACGUAUCAGAUUAUUAUUAUUAUUUUAGUCACGGUGAAAAUGUUUGUGUUCUAUGGGUCUCGCACAUGGGUGUGGCAAAAAAACUCGUCAGCGCCCCCAAUAAAGGUUUUAUCAGCGUGUUACAACGAUAUGUAUUAAAAUCAGUUCAGACUUAGAUCAUGGCCAGAUGUUCAAUAAAGUUUCUUGGACACAUCCCCCAAACCCAACAGGAAAUUGGCCAUUUUGGAUUUAGAAUAUAGAUUUGCGCGUGUUGUAUUUUAACAAACCCCUCCAGGGAAUUGAUUGAAUCGACUCUAGAUUUUAUCAGUGUAACCUAAUGGCCAGCUUGAUUAAAAGUUGUGCUAUUUGGGAGUUUUUGUCAAAGGGCAUGUCCGUGGCGUGGUCUCUAAAAUCAAUGUAUUGCCAAGAAACAGGAAGUUGUUCUUUUUUUGUACAAUUUGCACCAAAAUAUACAUACAGUAUAUGAUAAGACUGUCUUCCUGAACACACCUACAAGUAAGCCUUGUAUGGCAAGCACCGUCUGUAGCUGUAGCUGUAAACCCUUGUUCAAUACGUUGACGAUCUUUUAGUGUGCUCACCUACAAUUAAGGGAUUGUCAAACUGACACAGUGGCCUCUAUCUUAACGAUUUGAAACGCAAGUAUCAAACGCGAAACGCAAGUAGCUUUAUGGGCGGAUCUCAGUCGCUGUUGCUAUUAUGCCGGCAGGAUAAAUGACUCUUGUGCCCGACGCAAAUCUAAAAUGGGUUGGUCUGAAGUAGCUACAUUAGUCAUAGGUGUGGUUUGGGCAUAACAUGCAAUAAACCAAUCAGAGCGUCAUCUCACAUUCCCUUUAAAAGCAGGCGCGCUUGUUCCAUGGUGGAUUGCUAUUAUAAUGGCGGAUUUGCCAGGCGCACGCCAGGAGCGGUUCACGGUCAAGGAGACCGACAGAGAACUGGCACUUAUAGACAGAAAGUAGACACACUGUAAAUAUUUUCUUUUCCACUUAGAGGGCUUUAUUUAUCAUCAAAAGAUGCUUUUAUGUUAAUCUAAGGAAGGAUACAUAUGGCUGAAUUUAAGGAUCAUUUAUUGAUUGAUCAUUUAAUUUAUAAAAUGUCAGAAAGUGCAGCUCAAGUUCCCAGAACCCGAGGUGACGUUUUUAAAAUCAGUUUUUCUUUCCAAAUCACAAAUUAUAUGAAAAGCAGCAAAUCCUCACACCUGAGAGGCUGGAUGUACGUAUAGUUUGACUUUAAACAAUUAUUUUAAUCGGCUAAUUAAUGUGCAAACACUACAUUAUGGCCAAGCAUGCGCCCUUAAAAUAGCUUAUGAAUAAGUGCCACUGACUUUAGACUAGGUUUUUCCUGGUCUGUUGCGGAAUUGUUUUCUGAAACAGCAAAAUAACACCAGGGAACGUUUGCGCCGGAACACGCCUCCUCUUUUGGCUGUACCGCCCCCGGGAGCACAAAUUCAUUCCCUAAUUUACGUGCGUCUGUGGAGGGAAAAAUUCCAAUGUGCGUCAAAUGCAAAAUAGGAAUUAUACAAGCGCCAGUGUAUAAAGUAAGUUGUGCUUGAGUGCAAGAUAGAGCCCAGUGUCUUUGUGUUUGUUUUAUGAAAGAAAAUGAUCAUAAUGUUUUUUUGAAAAGAAGCAACUUGUUUUGUAAUCAGUGCACUUGGCCAUAUAACCACUCCGGAGGAUUGAUAAUUAAGUCUGUACCGAAUCCAGACAAUUUUGGAUGUUCCUAAAACACAAACUUACAACAUAAUUUAUAUAAUUUAUUUGUUAAAUGAUAUCAUAACCUCCUGACCCCUGUAUGACAUCACACAUGGUGAAAACUUUUGACCAUGAAUGACGUUUUGACUUGGAGUCCUGAGGCAACAACAGCCUUUAAUGAUUUAAAACAAGUUUUAUUUAGCCCCCCAUGGUUAGAGAUCUUAGACUCUACUGUGUCCUCUAAUUUCUAUGUCCUGCAUGCUUUUCAUUUCCUAAUCUUUCAGCAAGCCUAAGACAUUGGCAAACUAUUCUACUUACCACAUCUCAUGUCACCCUGAAGUGUUGUACUGUCCUUAAUCUAUCAAAUGUGCUACUUACAGCUGAAGAUGAAUAACAUUCCUGGUUUGGAUUGGUUUAAAAGUGUAAUUCAAAGCUUGUCAGAACUUCUUCAGAUGAAUCUAAAAAUAUGCAUUAUACCAACCUCCAUCUAGUGGAGGUAUAGUGGAAAGGGUUCAUCAGACCAAGAAGAAAACCCUAACAAAAUGAAUAGUUGAAACAAAGUUUGUGUAAGUAACUCCCCUUUAUAAGUAUUAUCAUACUAUAAAAAAGAAAUGUAAACCUUUUGAUUAGCAUCUCUCCUUUCUUAGUUAGAGAGUGAAUAUGAGGAGUUUCUGAUGGUCAAACGACAUCAACACCUGUUACUCCUCUGAGAUGAGGAACCAAGAUCACAUUCUCAACGAUUUUGUACUGAAAUUGCAGCUAAAAUCAGCAGAAAGGAGAACAGAUUUAAAGUUUGAUUGCCCCAACAUGAUUGGCGGAAGGAGAUUGCUGCUACAUCUAAUUGAAUUAACUGAAAGAGUAAGAGCCAAAGCUGAUUAGAAAGAUGAAUGAGCUAAUUGUGAAUGGAUGAGGCUUGAUUAGAAAGUCUUCCUGCUUGAACCCCCACUUAACUUCACAACUUUAUCAGUGUACAAAAAUUAAAAGUAAAAAAAGUCAGAGAAAUAUGAGUGAAAGUGAAUAUGCUUUGGUUAUUUUCUUUGUGAUGUGAUCUCAAAGCAGUGUGAUGGAUCAUAUUUCCCUUUAAAAUGAGACACAGUAGUGAGCUGACAAAGCUCCGCCCCUUAAUGACAUCACCUGAGACCAACCAGGAAACAGGUUGUUCCUGUUCAGUUCUCACUGAGGAGAGACGCACAGACGGACAGACAGACAGACGCUGCACUCAGAGACAAAAUGGCUUCCAGAUUAGAGGAGGAUUUCUGCUGUACGAUCUGUCAUGAGGUCUUUAGAGAUCCUGUUGUUCUGUCAUGCAGCCACAGCUUCUGUAAAGACUGUCUGAAGAGCUGGUGGAAGGAGAAACCAACACGUGAGUGUCCAGUUUGUAAGAGAAGAUCUUUGAGGGAACCUCCUUUAAACCUGGCUUUAAAGAACCUGUGUGAGAGUUUCUUACAGGAGAGAGAUCAGAGAUCUUCAGAGGCUCUCUGCAGUCUGCACUCUGAGAAACUCAAACUCUUCUGUCUGGACCAUCAGCAACCAGUGUGUCUCGUCUGCAGAGAUUCAAAAAAACACACCAACCACAGAUUCAGACCCAUCGAUGAAGCUGCACAGGAUCACAAAGAGGAGCUCCAGAAAUCUCUAGAGCCCUUAAAGGAGAAGUUAAAGGUUUGUGAAGAAGUUAAAGUGAAGUUUGAUCAAACAGCAGAACACAUGAAGGUCCAGGCCCGACGCACAGAGAGGCUGAUUAAGGAGCAGUUUAAGAAGCUUCACCAGUUUCUAGAAGUGGAAGAGGAGGCCAGGCUGGCUGCACUGAGGGAGGAAGAGGAGCAGAAGAGUCAGAUGAUGAAGGAGAAGAUGGAGGCCCUGAGCAGAGAGAUAGCAGCUCUUUCAGACACAGUCAGAGCCACAGAGGAGGAGCUGAGAGCUGAAGACGUCUCAUUCCUGAACAACUACAAGAAAGUGGAAAAAGUCCAGCAGCGCCCCCUGCUGGAGGAUCCACAGCUGCCCUCAGGAGCUCUGAUAGACGAGGCCAAACACCUGGGCAACCUGACCUUCAACGUCUGGAACAAGAUGAAGGACAUGGUCUCCUACACUCCUGUGAUUCUGGAUCCAAACACUGCUCAUCCAGGACUCGUCCUGUCUGAAGAUCUGACCAGUGUGAGAGGAGGACAGGAACAGCAGCUUCCUGAUAAUCCAGAGAGGUUUGAUUAUUACCGCCAUGUUCUGGGCUCUGAGGGCUUUAACUCAGGGACUCACAGCUGGGAUGUCGAGGUUGGAUACAGUACAGUCUGGGGACUGGGUGUGUCAGCAGAGUCAGUCCAGAGGAAGGGACGCAUACUGUCUCGAUUAUUGGGAAUACGGUUCUAUGGAGGUAAAUACUCAGCAUGGUCACCAUCAGCUCCACUCACUGGUCUCGUAGUUCAGAAGAAGGUCCAGAGGAUCAGAGUGAAUCUGGACUGGAACAGCGGCAAGCUGUUUUUCUCUGAUCCUGAUACUAACACAGACAUACACACCAUCACACACACUUUCACUGAGAGGAUGUUUCCAUACAUUAACACUGUGAAUAAAGUGAAGAUAUUACCAGUGAAGGUCAGUGUGACAGUGGAACAGAGCAGUUAGAGAUAAAGAGGAUGAUUAUAUUCACCAUGUUUAUUUCUUAAAGGGAAAAGUCUCUGAAUUGAAGCUCUUAAACUGAACCUGCUCCUCACAAGUGUUUAUUGCUCUUUUACUUAGUCUUUUUAUUUAAUUUUUUGUUGUUAUUUCUUUUGAAAAUCUGCUUUUUGUUUCUACUAUCGAACCUAUUCACGUGUAAAAUUAUUUGACAAAAUGACUGAAAUCAUUGAAUGAAUGAAUUAAAAUCUUCAUCUGUUAUGUUAUGAAUAUGAAUUAAAAUGAAUGCUGAAUGUACAGUUAUUCAUCUACAUAUUAAAAUACUGUCUUUA